AUGCGCCUGCAUACUUACAUGACUAACAGGCAGCUUCGAGGCUAUCUGCAAAUGGCUCUGCGUCAUGCUGUUCACUGUCCACAAAGAACUAGCUCUGGUCAAGCAAUCUGGGCCUUAAAGACACCUGCCGGCCAACGCGGUAUCCCCUUUAGUGGCAAUAUGAUGGACAAUAGUGCACCAGGUCGCCAAUUAGUAGACCCUAUCAAAAUUUUUAAAAUCACUCCCGAUGGGGGAAUUGAGUCGCUCGUUGAAUUUGAUCGAGAACAUGUUGCGAUGUAUCUCCUUUCGGUUGGGGUGAGGGAUAAUGGAAGCAAACCCUACUCCACCUACGCGUCAGUGCUAGUUCAAAUCUUGGAUGAAAAUGACAAUGCACCAGUGUGGUCGUUUCCUACUGAAACUGCUAGACAGAUUAAUAUUACAACGGCUAAUCCCCCUGGAUCACUGGUCGCCAGACUUCAGGCUCAUGAUGCAGACACCGAUGGCGCUGGUAGAGUUGAAUUUCAAAUCCUGGAUUCAAACGGGCAGUCUAUGCCGCCGGUAUCAAUUUCCCGCGGUCUUUACAACGCUCCUCCACCUCAACCGUCACAGCAAUCCAAGCAUUCUCCUAUGAUUCUUCAGGAGGAAUUAAUGGGCUACCGUGUCGGCCCCUUCUACUUGAAUGGCUCCACUGGUGAACUGCUAGUUGCUGAUCGUUUGGUUCCUCUAAAUCUCAAAAUCCGUCUCAGAGCUAUUGAUUGUGGUGACGCCCAGCGACUCUACACAGACACUUGGAUGAUCAUCAAUGUUAAGAUGGAUCCGAAUGAAUUUGGGGGUUUACUAGGUGGUGGCCAGGUCGGGGCGCUCAAUGUCACAAUCAUUCUUGUAAUGAUUGCAGUUACAGCAAUAAUCUCCCUUUUGCUGAUUAUUGCAAUCGUGUGUGUUCGACGGAAACCAUCACGAGCUGUAAUAGGCAACGGCACAGCGGUAGUAGAAUCUGAAGGAAGAAUGGUUGCCUAUUCUCCAGGAAGUCCAUUUUUGAUACCAGAUUCGAACAAGGAGACCCUAUCGGCGAAUACUUGGAAUGGAUCAUCAAAGGACUUCUAUCCGCCAGGUGGUCUGACGAUUGAUGAGAAUGGUCAGGUCAUUUCAACUGGUGGAAUGGCUUAUGGAUCACCUAUUCUUGGGUCAGAUAAAGCAAGCAUCUUUUGCGGAGGAGUUCCUCAGCAGUACGCGUCUCUCGAAGCGAAUGGUGAUGUUAUCAGUGGAACUUUGCCGAUGCAUACGUUUGGUACAAUGUCCCGAAAUCUCCGACAACCCGGCGUUCUAGGUAGUGUUCAUGGUUCCACCACGGGCAUGCGGAUGGCCGGAAGUCUUCAAUAUGAUGCUGAUAGUGGCGAUUCUGGACGUGGACCUUCUGAAGAUGGAAAUCAGCUCAUGAUGAUGGAUAAUCAAAGAAUGUUUUCCCCGCAUCCUGGCUACGCAUACGGUACUUGCUCAGGUUAUCGAUCAGCUAGUCGUAUGAGUUACGGCCCACGGUCCGCAAGUGCUCUGGGUAACCCCUCAAAUGGUUGUGUUGUAAAUUCCAACAAUGGAAUGAUGAACGCAUCUUCCCGUACCUUCAUUAAUGAUCCUCACAACAAUGGAGAUCCCUGUUCGUGCUACGUUGAAGAAGGUCAACAACAAGGUCAUCUCCAGCAGUCUCAAUCACCGCCAUAUGGUGAAUAUAUUGACACCCCUGGUAGUCCAUUCGGUGCUCAAAGGAGUCCCCUAGGAGGGUAUAGAACCUUCCACUUCUCACCAAGUCCGCAAAGAUUUACCCCAGGAGCUGGAGAGUCCACAAUAUCAGCCUCCAUUGGUUCUCUGCCGCGCUCUAGAGCCCCCAGUCGAUCGACUGUCACCUUUCAAUCUCCCAGUCUCGUCCACCAACAGCCUCAACAACAACCCAUUAAGUUAGACCUUCGGGGACCCGUGGAAUUAGACAGUGGUGAAGCUACUUUCUCUGGUCUUCCACCCCGACCUACUACACGAACUGUUAAUAAUCUGGAUGGCAAGGAAGACAUCGGGGGUUGA